AAAUCAAAACAACGUGAGGCUUGUUGAAGUGGUCGUUCCACCGCCAAAACCUCACAAAACGGAAAUCGUGCACCCAAGAGAGCGAGAAGGAAACAACCAACCUCCAAGCAGCACCAUCGUGCCGGUUCCCACUCCCAUAGAAUAGAGGAAAGACAAGAACAAUUAUCCACAAUCCCAUAGAUUCGAAGAGAAAGAGAGAGAAGAUUAGACCCACAAUUAGCUAGCUGACUGAAGAAGAGAAGAACAAUAAUUAUACCGACCAACCACCAGUUCUAGCAUGAGCGACCAUGAGGAUGAAGCUAUGGCCCGAUCGGCCCAAAUGGCGGCAGACAUGCAAUUAGCAUACGAGCUACAAGCCCAACAAGAGCAGGAAGGAGCCAUCCAACAGCACUUGGCUCAAUCCACAAACGAAGUGGCGGCCAACUCCAGCAUUCUCGGUGGCGGAACAUCGUUUUCUGCCGGAGCAGCUGCUGCCAAUCCCUUGGCUAGUCUGGGAAACAUGUUUAGCAGCAACACUCGGAACCGCAAUCACUCCUUACUGGACGAUGGAUCUUCUUCGAUGGAGUCCAAUGGAAGUCUGCUAUAUGUACCCUGUGAAGUCAACCAUCGAAUGGUGGAAAUGAUGGUAGACUCUGGGAGUCAGACAUCCGUCCUGUCGUCAUCCAUGAUGCGAAAACUCAAAUUGCAAAAAAGACUCAAUACACGCUUUCAAGGAGUGGCUGCGGGUGUGGGGGCGGCCAGAAUUCUAGGAAGGAUAGAAAAUUGUCCUGUCCAAAUCGGAGCCGGCGUUGAAUUCAACCUCUUCUUCCUGGUGAUUGAUGUCCCACAUGACAUGAUGAUUUUGGGUAUUGAUCAAAUGAGACGGUUCAAAUGCAUGAUUGACCUGGAAAAGAAUGUACUCAUUUUUGGCGGGCAAGGAGGAGUCGAAGUCCCAUUUCUUCCUCCGGAUCAAAAUCAUGCCAAUGCCAGAGAACAGUGCUCCAUUUCAUAGCAAGCACCUCAAUCAAUCAACCCAGAUUUUGCUUCUUCCAUUCAACUUAUUAGAAUAGGAAAGCAACUCAACAAUAUACCGUACCAGGUUGGCAUAACAAAUUCAAUGGAGGUUGCGCAUGGAGUGGAAUCCAAACUACUGUAGGUGUUUCCUCUUUGCGCACGCUUUUGACCCUGACUAUCUUGCCUAAAUAAUGGUGUCACGGAGAUCACAGAAACGAUAAGGAUUCAUAACAAAUGGCAACAUUCGAUAGACCUUUACGGGACUAUAGAUAGAUGUGUUGCUUUUAUCUUCUCAUUCUGGUUAGG